UCAUUGUAUAAAUAUUGCAAUCUCUUUCGUGAUAAAUUCGUGAUAAAUAUACGACCUUCGAAAAACGACCCUGUGCGUACUACGGGCAUGUCGAGAUUGGUCACGUGAUCGCGACGACGUAUCUCACGCAUAUACGCUCGCUACCGAUCAGUUUGUUUCGAGACGCGAGACGAUGAGGUUCACCAGCGCUCGCAACGACAAACCCGACCAGGCCGCCUUCUUUUUCCCAUUCUCGACAAAGAUCAGUUGGAAGGCGAAUCUCUUCCGUGAUGCAGUGAACGUCGUAUGAGACAGAUUUGGAUAGUACCGUGUUCCAGGACAUACGGGACGGAUAUCCCUCGAGAAGAAGAAGAACGGUUUCUAUACAAACAUGUCAACGAUACGGAGCGAAAGAGCAGAGAGACGACGGACGUAGGGAAAAAAAAAAGGGACCUCAUAAGUAGAGCCAGAAAAACGCCAGAGGAGGAUUCGAUUCGUCUCCGAAAAGUCAGAGAUAUCAUUUCGUUUGGAACCUUGGGUGACAGUUGGUCGCCGAGUGAUCCGAUCGAGUGUGAAAUACUUGGUGGAGGACGUUCCCUUCAUCUCGAACUACCGACAAAAUGUGGUAUUCUCCGAGCAAGACCGCUCGGAUGGAGGAGCAUUUGCGAGAGGACGAUAGGACGCAGCGAGAUGACAGUGGAUUGGCGACAGCUGACGACGAUUCUGGAUUCCUGUCGGUCGGCAACGUGCAGUUUUGCAGCGGCGAGAUCCGCGACGCGGGGUUGCAGCCACGACAGACCCCCACGGAGGCUCUACAGGACGAGGGGCAGCAGGAACAGCGAGUCGCAUCAAUGAUGCCGGAAAUAGCGAUCGCAUCCUCGUCGCCGACGAUAACGAUUGCGAAGGAGUCAAUCAGGACUGCCGACAGCGGUAUCGUGGACGUCGAGCUCAGCGAUGACCUGGACCGGCUCACCCUGAGCCGCGGGCCGAUUCAGCCCGUGCCAGAGAUCCUCGAGCUGUCACACGUGGACGCGGCCAGUGCACGUGGACAGCAACAUCAGCAGGGUGACGAUCAGUGCUCGACGAUCAACAAGGAUCUCUGGCAGUUCUAUUCCAAGGAUGGAGACGGUGACACGCAAUUGCACAUCGCGAUCAUGCAGGGCUACGUGGAGGCUGCGCUGAUUUUGAUAAGUCUAGCGCCUCAUCCACGCCUGUUGAACAUCAUAAACGACCACCUGCAAUCGCCCUUGCAUCUGGCGGUGUUGACGCAACAGCCACUGAUUGUCAGGCGUCUAGUCCUGGCGGGCGCGGAUCUAUCCCUGAGGAAUUUUCGCGGGAACACGGCUCUCCACCUGGCCUGCGCGAACGGAGAUCUCGCUUGCGCCAAGGCUCUCACAGACUCAUUGUAUCCGAUGGAGAGGAAUAAGCUAAUGCCCGGGCAAAAAAUACCCGCCUUACCUCAGAACUUGGAGCAAAUCAACUACAACGGCGAGAUGUGCUUGCACGUGGCGGUUGCUAAUGGACAUGUGAAUCUAGUGCGUCUUCUGCUGCGCCUCGGCGCCGAUCUUGAUGCGAAGGAGUGUCUAGCGGGAAGAACGGCACUUCAUCUUGCAGUAGAACGUAAAUGUUGGCCAAUAAUUAAUUUCUUACUGAAAGAGUGCAAACCUUGUCUGAACACGAAGACGUAUAGCGGUCUGACGGCAUAUCAAUUGGCUCUGUAUACCGAUAGACUGCUCGCCAGGGAGCUGCUGCAACACGGCGCGAAGCCGGAACCGUUGCCGGAUUCGGAUUCCGAGAGCAGCGACGACGAGCUGAAUUACAUGUCUCCAAUUCUUCAGAUGAAAAACGUGCAGAGAUUAAAGGUCUAGAGAGAGAAAAAUAUCCAAAUAAAUAUCCAUAACGUAGCUAUCGAUCAGAUACUAGACAAUUGCCGAGAGGAAGAUGGAAAAAGUGCACGCUAUGUAUAAUAUAUAUAUAUGA